CUCCUCCUCCUCGUUGCCCUUCGCGGCCCCCCGCCGCAAUGAACCCCCCCGCCGCGGCCGGCGGCGAGGAGCUGGGGGCGGCGGGCGGCUGCCGGGGGGCCGAGGGCGGCGGGGAGGCGGCGGGAGCCGCGGGGGUCCCGGAGGAGCCGGGGCUGGGCGCGGGCGAGGAGUCGCUGGAGGAGAAGCUGCGGAGCCUCACCUUCAGGAAGCAGGUGUCCUACAGGAAAGCAAUCUCCAGGUCAGGCCUCCAGCACUUGGCUCCUGUGCAUUCCCUCAACAUUGCAGUCUCCAAUGGACCUGUGAAGGAACCAAGGGCAGCAUUAGAGUGGACAGAAAAUGCUGUGAAUGGAGAGCAUCUGUGGCUGGAGACAAAUGUUUCUGGGGACCUCUGCUACCUGGGGGAGGAAAGCUGCCAAGUAAAAUUCUCAAAAUCUGCUCUGCGGAGGAAGUGUGCUGCGUGCAAGAUUGUGGUCCACAAUGCGUGUAUGGAGCAGUUAGAGAAGAUUAAUUUUCGCUGCAAACCAACUUUCCGAGAAGGGGGCUCCAGGUCUCCAAGAGAGAACUUUGUCCGACAUCACUGGGUGCACAGGCGGAGACAGGAGGGGAAAUGUAAGCAGUGUGGAAAGGGCUUUCAGCAGAAGUUCUCCUUCCAUAGUAAAGAGAUUGUGGCCAUCAGCUGUUCCUGGUGCAAGCUGGCGUUUCAUAACAAAGUCACCUGCUUCAUGCUACAUCACAUCGAGGAGCCGUGUUCCCUGGGGGCUCACGCAGCUGUCAUUGUGCCUCCCACCUGGAUCAUUAAGGUGAAGAAACCUCAGGUGGUCUCCAUACCAGGAGACGAGCCUGAUUGGGCAGGAGACUGGAGCCCCGAAGGGGAAAUGGGCGUCUCCUACCCCUAUUGGGAGGGUUGGCAGAACUCAUUAAAGACUUCAACGCGACGAAAGAAAAGAACAUCUUUUAAAAGAAAAGCCAGCAAAAGAGGCAAUGAAGAUAACAAAGGUCGGCCAUUUGUGAUAAAGCCUAUCUCCUCUCCACUCAUGAAACCAUUGCUGGUUUUUGUCAAUCCAAAAAGUGGAGGGAACCAGGGCACCAAGAUUCUCCAAACAUUUAUGUGGUAUUUGAAUCCACGCCAAGUCUUUGAUCUCUCUCAGGAAGGGCCAAAAGAUGCGCUGGAGCUGUACAGAAAAGUGCCAAACCUGCGGAUCCUGGCCUGCGGUGGGGAUGGGACGGUUGGGUGGAUCCUCUCCAUCCUAGAUGAACUGCAGCUCAACCCCCAGCCUCCCGUGGCUGUCCUUCCACUUGGCACUGGAAAUGACCUUGCCCGCACCCUCAACUGGGGUGGGGGUUACACGGAUGAACCAGUGUCCAAGAUCCUGUGCCAUGUAGAAGAUGGGACGAUUGUCCAGCUGGACCGGUGGAAUCUCCAGGUUGAGCGCAACCCAGAUUUGCCACAGGAUGAGCUGGAGGAUGGGGCUCGUAAGCUUCCACUCAGUGUCUUCAAUAAUUACUUCAGCCUUGGGUUUGAUGCACAUGUUACACUGGAGUUCCAUGAAUCCAGAGAAGCAAAUCCAGAGAAAUUCAACAGCCGAUUUAGAAAUAAAAUGUUUUAUGCAGGGGCAGCCUUUUCAGACUUUCUGCAAAGAAGCUCAAGAGAUCUAUCCAAGCAUGUUAAAGUUGUGUGUGAUGGUACAGACCUGACUCCAAAGAUCCAGGAGCUGAAGUUCCAGUGUAUAGUGUUUUUAAAUAUUCCCAGGUAUUGUGCUGGCACAAUGCCCUGGGGAAACCCUGGAGAUCACAGAGACUUCGAGCCUCAGCGGCAUGAUGAUGGCUACAUUGAAGUCAUUGGGUUCACGAUGGCCUCACUGGCUGCUCUCCAAGUGGGUGGUCACGGAGAGAGGCUGCAUCAGUGCCGUGAGGUGACGCUUUUAACAUACAAGUCUAUCCCCAUGCAAGUGGAUGGUGAACCUUGUCGUUUGGCUCCCUCGCUCAUUCGGAUCUCAUUAAGGAACCAAGCCAACAUGGUGCAGAAGAGCAAGAGGAGAACAUCCAUGCCUCUGCUGAAUGAUAUCCAUAAAGUGCAGUCUGCUGACCUGAGGAGAGUCUCAGCUCCCCCUGAUUCCUUCACUGUUCCUCAUUCCAUCCCAGAUCGCCUACGGAUCAGAGUGAACCGGAUUAAUUUGCAAGAAUAUGAGGGGCUGCUUUAUGACAAGGAAAAACUGCGUGAAGCUUCCAUCCCUUUAGGAAUUAUAGUUGUACGAGGAGAUUGUGACUUGGAGACCUGUCGGAUGUACAUCGACCGUCUUCAAGAGGACCUACAGUCCGUAUCUUCUACUACACAGAGAGUUCACUACCAGGACCAAGAAAGCUCUUUCCCAAGAGUGCUUUCUGUUCAGAGGCUCUCUCCUAGAUGGUGCUUCCUAGACGCAACUUCUGCUGAUCGUUUUUACCGCAUUGACAGAUCUCAGGAACAUUUGCACUUUGUGACGGAAAUUUCGCAGGACGAGAUUUUUAUUCUGGACCCAGAGCUGGUAAUGUCACAGCAGGGGGGGACGCCACCCGGAAUGCCUGAUCUGGUAGUGGAGCAGGCCUCUGGAAUAUCAGAUCGGUGGAACCCUGCGGUUCGAAAGAGGAUGCUGAGCGACAGUGGCCUUGGCAAGAUUUCCCCGCACUACGAGGUACCUGACAAACAAAAGGACGCCAGCCAGACCCAUAUGCUGCAGUCACCAGUCUCUUCAGAAGAUCAAGCACUUUUACAGGCAGUCAUAGCUGGUGAUCUGCUGAAGUUCAUAGAAUGCUGUAAAAAAGGAGCCAAUUUGUUAAUCCAAGGACCCGACCAUGGCUCCUUGCUGCACCACGCUGCCAAGACUGGGCACGGCGAGAUUGUGAAAUAUAUCCUGGAGCAUGGUCCAUCUGAAUUACUGGACAUGACUGACAGCGAAACGGGUGAGACGGCGUUACAUAAGGCGGCCUGCCAGCGCCAUCGUGCCAUCUGCCAGCUCCUGGUGGAUGCGGGAGCGUCACUGAGAAAGACAGACUCCAAGGGUAAGACCCCUCGUGACAGGGCUCAGCAAGCUGGUGACCCAGAUCUGGCCUCCUACUUGGAGAGUCGACAGAAUUACCAAAUGGUUCCCCAUGAGGAUCUGGAGACAGCAGUCUGAUGUCUGAAAGCAGCAAAGAGGAUCCUUGGAAAUAGCAAGGCUGCACCUGAGCACUUGGGCAUUGUGUGAGGAAGAAGCUGAUGGAAUCAACGUGUCUCUUGCUCUCGUGGAAAAUAUCUGAGGACAUGCCACCAGUUUCUAAGGGCUACUGAGUCUUGCCACGGAACAGUUAGGUUCCAUAAGUUAGCCCAUGAUGGAUGAGGUGGGACACUCAAAGGUCUGUGGAAUCCAUGGGCCACGGAAAUUUACCUUUAUUGCUUCCAGCAAGUAGCAUGAACUUCUCCCAUGUUCAUCUGUACAAUUUAUUAAAAAAACAUGAAAAAGAGAAAA